AAAAACGACGGUGAUAAAUAAGAAUGGUGGGUGGGGGAGAUGGGAGGACUAUGGAUGGGAGACUAAGCACUGCGCGUCGGGCGCAGCGCGGUGGCGUCGAUGUUGAUUUCGCGCAGCUUGCGUGGGACAUCCGUGGGCAUGCGCAGCACCUGGAGGAGGCACUUGGCGCCGGGGGUCUUGAUCGCGUUGUGGCGGAGGUCCAGGACUUCGAGAUGGGCAAACCCACGCGACUUGAACACAGCGGCCAACGCGCCGGCGCUCCGGUCGGCCAAUGCGUUCUGGCCCAGCCGGAGCGUCGACAGCGACGCGUUCGAGUGCGAGAACGCCCAUGCCAGCGACAUCAUGCCCGCGUCGCCAAUGUUGUUCUCACUCAAGACUAGUUCUUGCAUCUUGGGCGCGGCGUUCGCUAGCCAUAGGCUCAUGGCGGUCGCGCCGUAGUCUUGGAGGCCGUUGGCAGCGCAGUGGAAUUCACGGAGGUGGGGACACGCUCCUUGCGAGAGCGCGUGGAAGAUAAAACGAAGGGGGUGUUCGUUGUCGGGAGAGAAAUGAUCGCGGAAGAGGCCCGAGAGGGUGAGCGACUUGAGGUUCUUGCAUGCACCCGUCUCCAGGCACUUGGCAAAUGCAUGACAGAUCGCGGCAGGCGAGACAGAGCUAGCCACGGCAGGAGUCGGCGAGGGCGGAGGCGUAAUCGUCAACGUUUCCACCAUCGUAAACCCCGGAGGAAAUGGGCAUUGCCCAGAUAGCAUGUUGCCAAGGGUGUCCAAGGACAAGCUGAGUGUGAGUCGAUCUUUCUCGCUGGACACAGGAAUGCAGAGCUGCGACAUGGGUAUCACGCCGUUUGUGACCGUGACGGGGACCGGGGCGUCUUUAGUGCGACGGGCAUACGACCGCGACAGGUUAGCAGGGACUAGGACCUCCGACAUCGCGGGCCUUUGCAAUGUUGAUGAUGCCGAUGAGGACGACGGAUGCGACAUUGCUGGAAGAAGAGUGGGAAGAGUGGACGACGACUGUGGGGACGUCUUUAGGGGGGCGUGGCCCUGUUGGGUGAGGUCGACCACAUCGCUGGGUCGGCGUCGCUUCUGAACGCUUCCGUACAAGUCGCGAACAGAGUCAUGGACGCGGUGUGGAAGCGUGUGAACGUCUUGGUAGGCGGCGAUCGACGUCGCGUUCUGAACGAGUUUAUGGUCGAUGCGAGCAGCGACUUUGGUCAAGUGCUCCGGGGACGCCUGACAUCGUUGUCGCAGGAGGAGAACAAUCUGUUGCCGGACGCCCUGUCGAAUCGCAAGCGGGACCUGCAGCGAGGACGACGGUAACGACAUCGUUUGUCGCCGCGACGGGCUCGCGUUGGCGGGAGCGGAAGGCGCGUGCAUGAGACCGCCGUGAGAAUCCAGAAAUGGGCGGUCCGUUGCGACCGCUGGUGCUACAGAC